CUGAGCUACCUGGGCCAGGCGAGUAUUUCUCUCUAGAAUCUUCUUUGAUUGCUAGUUCGCUACAAAGAUGAAAACUGGUCAAAUGCUUUAUUGAAAAUGUACUUUGAUUUGUAACUAUCCUGUAUAAUUAAGCUUGUUGUUGACUGGUUAGCUGAAAACCGCACCGGGAGGGCAAAAGGUCAGGAAAUUUGAAUAAUGGCUGUUGUAGAGGAGGAACAUAAGCAGCAACAGACCUCGCAGAUUGAUCAAAAUGCUGUUGAUGAAAUCAUCACUGAAGGAACUUCAGUUGUUCAUGGAGAGCUCCCUCAAGAUGAUGGUCCACCAAAAGUUGAUUCAGCAAUGGAAGUUCUCCACGAGAAAGUAACAAAGCAAAUUAUUAAAGAGGGCCAUGGUCAGAAGCCAUCAAAAUAUGCAACAUGCUUUUUGCAUUAUAGGGCAUGGGCAGAAAGCACCCAACACAAGUUUGAAGACACAUGGCAUGAACAACAACCCCUUGAGUUGGUAAUUGGAAAAGAGAAAAAGGAAAUGACUGGGCUAGCUAUUGGCAUUUCUGGCAUGAGAUCUGGUGAACGUGCAUUGCUACAUGUCGGAUGGGAACUAGCCUAUGGAAAAGAUGGAAGCUUCUCAUUUCCAAAUGUUGCACCCAUGGCCAAUGUUAUAUAUGAAGUUGAAUUAAUUGGUUUUGAUGAAACCAAAGAAGGCAAAGCGCGAGGUGACAUGACAGUAGAAGAGCGAAUUGGUGCUGCUGAUAGGAGAAAGAUGAAUGGAAAUGCUUUAUUCAAGGAAGAAAAACUUGAGGAGGCAAUGAAACAGUAUGAAAUGGCCAUAGCAUAUAUGGGAGACGACUUCAUGUUCCAGUUGUUUGGUAAAUACCGUGACAUGGCUUUAGCUGUAAAGAAUCCUUGCCACCUUAACAUGGCAGCAUGCUUGUUGAAGCUCAACCGCUAUGAUGAAGCCAUAGCACAAUGUAGCAUUGUGUUGGUUGAGGAUGAAAACAAUGUUAAAGCAUUAUUCAGAAGAGGAAAGGCUAGAGCAGAGCUUGGGCAAACAGACGCAGCUCGUGAAGACUUCCUUAAAGCACGCAAGUUUGCCCCUCAAGACAAAGCCAUUGCACAGGAAUUGCGUUUACUCGCUGAAUAUGACAAGGCUGUCUAUCAAAAACAAAAGGAACUCUACAAAGGUUUAUUUGGAAAAAGCCCCGAGGCCAAACCCGAGAAGAAGAGUUUACUACUUGUGAUUUGGCAUUGGCUGUUGUCUCUGUUCUAUUAUUUCUUCAGGCGCAAAGCGGGUAAAACCGACUAAACUGUUGAACCCGGUCUGAAUUUUCACCUAAGCUGUAGUGCAUGUAUGCAUUUCUACCUAUCUUUGAUUUUGGUUAUUGUAGUUUUGACUACUAAGUGCACUGUUGAGGAGUAAAUUACAGUUUAGCUGCUUUAU